AAGACCAUGAUUAGGAUCUAGUGUAAAUCGACUCUCAGACUCAACUUAACUAAGACACCUUGAAUCUACAACGAAUGCAAGCUCCGAGUUUUGUAUCAUGAGUUUAAUACUUUAUGAAGCUAUUUUUCUGCUGACUCUCUGCCUGAAGGUGACUGUCGCAGAGCUGCCCAGCUCUUGCCUCACUUCACUUACAUCUUCUGACUCUGUGCAGUGCUGUCAGACAUCACCGUUCUUGGAAAUUUCGUUUAAGCUGAGGUUCGGAUGUGAUGUCCCUGAAACCCUGGAGCAGGGAAUUCGUUUGGAAAUUCGGAAAACUCCAUCGAGUAACUGGCAGCCAGUUCGAUUUUACACACCCAGCUUUAAUGAGACCAACUCGUCAAUUGUGAGACUAUUGGGAAACAACAUGGUGACUGCAGAAGCUCUACAAUAUUCAAGUAAUUUUUCGCGACAAUUUGUGGAAGGUAACCGGCAGUUCCAGUUUCGAGAGUAUAUAUGUGAUCCUGCCUUCUUGGUGGAUGGCGUCAGUGUGAGAUGGAUGCAAAGAUUUAUGGCAAUCUCACGUUAUGGGGUAGGUACUUGGUCACUGGAUGACAUCACUCUGACUGUAUGGAAUGGCUUGUGCAGACAUGUUGUGCUAAGAAACAAUUUUGACGCUAAAAACAUGUCGAGUAUGUACCAAACCCAGGCCGGUAAUGUGACAAACUUAUCAUGUGACACAACAAACAACCAGCAGCUUUACUUCAGAAAGGAGGCUUUCAGAAUGGAAACCUCAAGGAGAUCACUGACCAUCUCUGAUUUACCCCUGGAUAACACUGCAGCAUUGUGCCCAGAGGAAGACAUAACUGGUGCUGGAUCAUGUAAUGUUUCCGAGUGUGGUGAUGGUCGCAGUGUUUGCUCUAUUGGCAGUACUCAGUGUGAUAGCUGUAAAGCGAUUGGCUACCGUGUACCAGCUGAAGGAACUAUUGGAUCAUGUUUAGAUGUUAAUGAGUGUGCAGAAAGCAAUGGUAAUUGUGAACAAACAUGUGUCAACAAACCCGGAUCUUAUCAUUGUGAAUGCAGGGAUGGAUUCAAUAUCUCUGAUAAUGGAGUCUCGUGUGUUGACUUUGACGAGUGUUUAGUUCCUGGGACCAAUAAUUGCGAACAAGAUUGUACUAACAAUGAUGGCUCGUAUAAUUGCUCAUGUUUCAAUGGAUACACGCUUCUAUCUAAUGGAUUUCAGUGUGAAGAUGUAGAUGAGUGCUCUAUGGUACCAAAUGUCUGCGACCAACUCUGCUUCAACACCAAUGGCUCUUUCCAGUGUGGGUGUAUGGAUGGGUACAUGCUGGAUAGUGACGGGAGGUCUUGUGCAGACAUCAACGAGUGCCUAACGACAGAGCGUGGGUGUGAACAGGGAUGCAAUAAUACUCCUGGCUCUUUUGUUUGUGUGUGUAAUAGAGGGUACACACUAUCUCCAGAUGGACGAAACUGUACAGACAUUAACGAGUGUGAGUCAGGCGUCUGCGGUCAGUUUUGUCGUAACACUCCUGGUUCGUACGAGUGUAGCUGUAUGAAUGGAUUCGAUCUGGCUGCUGAUCGCCGCACCUGUGAUGACAUUGAUGAAUGCAGUUCUCCUUUGAAUAACUGUGAUGAAAUGUGUUUCAACACCAAUGGGUCAUAUCAGUGUGACUGCUUGCCUGGAUUCAGUCUUUCGCCAGAUAGCUUCAGUUGUCGGGAUAUUGAUGAAUGUGUAUCUUCUGACCUGAACAAUUGUGAGGAUAUUUGUAUCAACACUAACGGCUCCUUCCAGUGUAACUGCUCAGAAGGAUUCAGUCUGUUGAAUAAUGGCUUCAGUUGUCAAGAUAUUAAUGAGUGUGAAUCUUCUGACUUAAACCAGUGUGAAGCGCAAUGUUUGAACACUCAUGGCUCUUACCAGUGCAGCUGCCCUCAAGGAUUUAACGUGUCAACAAAUGGCUUCAGUUGUCAAGACAUUGAUGAAUGUGCAUCUUCAGAGAUGAAUGAGUGCAAUGAAAUUGCGAUGUCACUGUGUAGAAACACUAAUGGGUCCUACAAGUGUGUUUGUCAAAGUGGAUUCAUUUCUGUGCGUAACGACUCUGUUUGUCAAGGUGUGGAAUUUGGGAGCCUGGAAGAAAUUCGCAAUGCACUGAAUAACUCAAAUAGCACACAAAUAGCUAAACUGCUUGCUGAUUUGGUUUCCAGACUUAUUAAAAAUGGACAGCUGGCCUCUCGGGAGUUCAGCGUGUUGCUAACUAACAUUGUGGAUGACUUCUUUGGCAGAGUGGAUACUGGUGGGGGAGAGAAUGCAGACCAAGAAGCAGUAAGUAGUGUGCUCAACACUUUGGACCAGUUUGCUCUCAGAGUAUAUGAUGACAGGGAGCCAAAGCUAGAGACCGAUGGAUUCCAAUUGAUGGUGACUAAUGGAAGCUCCGGACGUUUUGAAGGCAUUUCGAUAGGUGGCAACAUCAUUACUCUACCUUCUGACUUUGGAGAAGGAGUCAAAGUUGCAUCAUUCUUCUUCAAGAAUCUGUCCAAUGCCCUCCCAUCCGGCCCUGGAAUAGACAGUGAAAAGAUGCCAGUCAUCAGCUCCAGUGUGCUGUGCGACAACUGUGAUGCGUCCAACCUUAAUAUUAGUGACCCAGUGCGUUAUCAGCUUGUAGUCAACAAAACUGACAACAAUACUCAGCUGGAUUGUGUCUUCUAUAACUUAACAUCGCAUGCCUGGUCUAAUGAAAGUUGUACAAGGAAUGAUGAGCUGAGCAAUGAAACUGUGUCUGUUUGUGAGUGCACUCAUCUUACACAUUUCGCCAUUCUUCUGAGCCCUGGAAUAAAUACAUCCGAAGAAAUUAUCCGUCAACUUGAAAUUGUUAGUUAUGUCAGUGUGUCCAUUUCUCUCUUCUGUCUUGUGUUGACUAUCCUGGCCCUCACAAUAGUCAAGUCGCUAUGGGGAAUGCGUAAUUUUAUCCACGUCAACUUGUGUGGAUGCUUGUUUAUUGCUCAACUGCUGUUUGUCACCACAGUGGACAAGACAGACAAUGUUGUGUUUUGUCAGUCAAUUGCUGUUGUUUUGCACUAUGCCUUCCUGGUUACAUUCAUGUGGAUGCUCAUGGAAGGGGUUGUUUUGUAUGUUGUUCUUGUGCAAGUGUUUGUCAAAAGGCCAAAACUGUACAUGGCAUUCUUUGCUCUAGUGAGCUAUGGUUUGCCUCUGCUCUACCUGUGCUUAACUGUUCCACUGGGCUUUGCCCUGAGAGGUUCAGAUGGAGAACCCCACUAUGGAAGCAGUGAUGCGUGUUGGCUUCGUUAUGAUACUGGGUUUGUUUGGGCAUUCAUUGCACCAGUCAUACUGAUUAUAUUGAUCAACAUAGGAUUCUUCAUCAUGUCUGUGUACAUUAUGAGGAAGCAUACCAAGCGCCAGUCGCAAAAGUCCCGCUUGACAAGCAUAGCUCAAUGGCUGAAAUCGAGUGUGGUGUUACUUAUUUGUAUGGGUAUUCCAUGGAUCAUUGGAGUGGCAGUUUUCACUGAAACCAUAGCCCUUGCCUUCAUUUUUUCUAUCUUCGUCGGAUUGCAGGGCUUCAUAAUAUUCAUCUUAUUUGUUCCAUUGUCGAAACAGGUUAGAGAAGGCUACAAGAAGUGGUGGAGGGGCAAAUUGUCAGAAUCAGAAUUUCUUAGCAAACACUUCUCAUCUUCUGAUUUAAAUCACAAAUCUAGCAUUUUGGAGCGGUUGAGCUCGUUCAAAACAUCAACAUUACGAGGUUCGAAGUCAGGUACGUACCGAAGCAGUCGUAUAGACCGAAGCAGUCAUACAGACCGAAGCAGUCAUGCAGAUGAUCAUGAUAUCAAGCUACCAGAGACUAGUGACAAUACACCAUCACAGUCACCACCACCUUAUGAAGAGUAUGUAGUACAAUCUCAGAAAGUAGUGAAUGUUGGCAAUGGGUCAACACCACACGUUGAGAAAGGAGAGCACAUUGACGGCAUGUCAGUGUCAGCUCUUCAAAAUGGGAGCUCAGAACAUGUCAAAGUAGACCUUAGCAAUGGCAUUGAAAAUGUUGAAAGGAAAUCGAUGUUUGAAGAGCAGAGAAUCAAGUUUACUGAUAGUGUGCCUGAUGUUCGAGAGUACCAAAUCGAGGGGACAAGUUUGUAAAAUCACUGUUGCUGUUUAUAUACACUGUAUCAUUGUGUGUAUACGUGUUUGUGUUGAACAAUAAUAGUAUAAUUAUAGCAUACACUAUAACAUCUUGCCGCUGUUUCACCAUCACAAUAUUCAUAUUAUUUUUACGAGUAUAAUAAAUAAUUAUUAUACUUCCUAUAGCUAUAAACCGAUUAUUGUAUGUGUCGUUAUUGAUGUUAAUAUUACAUAUUGUGUAUAGCGAAA